AGGCCAGAGUCACAGGGAGAUGCUAUGCAAUUAGCUUUCCUCUCCAUGUGCCCCGAGAAAUUAGCGAUGGAAAAUCUAAGCGAUAUAUUCACGUACAGGUCAGAAAGAAAACUCAAUAAAAUCUCUUGGGCAUUGGCGGCCCCCACUCACCACCCUUAACAUUUGCAGCUGCCCUUCUCUCUACCAAGAGUCAAAAAUAAAAAAAUAUAUAUACAACUAGCAGCUUUUUUAUUUUAUUUCUUUCUCGUCGUUCCUGGUAUUAUUUUCUCUGCUAUCAAUCAAAUCACCAAACACAGAGCUCCCAUAAUCGCAAAAAUUAAGGUCGAUCUUGAGAGAGAAAAAUCUCAAGUUCUCCUUCUAUUCUGGUUUAACUAAAUCAGGUACCGCCUUCUGGGGUUUUGUAUGAGAUGCUGCUGCUGAAUUAGAGGUUUUUUCAGCUUGCUUUGGCUGGUCUUUGGAGCAUAUGUUUUUUGCUUGUGUAAAAGAAAGAAAGAAAUUGGAGAUUCUUUUGAUGGCCUCUAGAACUACUUCUUGUACAGAGUCCUCCUGAUUGUCCGUAACUGGUUGUAGUAGUUUAACAGAUAUCCGACAACAUUAGUGCAAUUCAGGGGUUUUAAAAUAAUUAAGGCUUAUUGAAGUGGUUCUGCCUGCAUUAAAAAAAAGACCUGGCCAGUAUCAUGUUGAUGAAGCUGUUGGAUUCAUAUGAUAUUUUAUGUUGAAAGGGGAAAAUGCUGCCCAAUUGGAAGAAACCCCACAUCACCUUACUUUUAACCUUCUCUGCAUACACUUUGUUUAUCUUCACUGGAACAUUUAGGAGUAAAGCUGGUGUUAAUGGUGUGUUAUAAGAGCAAACCAUGGAGUAUGUCUCGGAGAAAAGAUAUCCUGUCAAUGCAAAAGAUUACAAGUUAUAUGAAGAAAUUGGUGAAGGUGUCAGCGCGACUGUGUAUAGGGCUCUCUGCAUUCCAUUUAAUCAGAUAGUUGCUAUUAAGGUUCUUGAUCUGGAAAAGUGCAAUAAUGAUCUGGAUGGUAUCCGGCGGGAGGUACAGACAAUGAGCUUGAUUGAUCAUCCAAAUGUAUUACGAGCACAUGGCUCUUUCACUGCUGGCUAUAGCCUUUGGGUUGUGAUGCCAUAUAUGGCUGGGGGUUCAUGCCUUCAUAUAAUGAAAUCUGCUUACCCAGAAGGUUUUGAAGAGCCUGUCAUUGCUACAUUAUUGCGCGAGACUCUCAAAGCUCUUGUUUAUAUUCAUGAGCAUGGGCACAUCCACAGGGAUGUUAAGGCUGGCAACAUUUUAAUUGAUUCUGAUGGUACAGUGAAGUUAGCAGACUUUGGAGUGUCAGCAUGCAUGUUUGAUACAGGAGAUAGGCAACGCUCAAGAAAUACUUUUGUUGGCACUCCUUGCUGGAUGGCUCCUGAAGUUAUGCAGCAAUUGCAUGGAUAUGACUUUAAAGCAGAUAUCUGGUCAUUUGGGAUAACAGCCCUUGAACUUGCUCAUGGCCAUGCUCCUUUUUCCAAGUAUCCACCAAUGAAAGUUUUGCUGAUGACCUUACAAAAUGCACCUCCAGGGCUUGACUAUGAAAGAGACAAGAGAUUUUCAAAGUCAUUUAAAGAGAUGGUAGCUGCUUGCUUAGUGAAGGAUCCAAAGAAACGACCCACAUCAGAAAAGCUUUUGAAGCACCAUUUUUUUAAAAAUGCACGCUCUCAUGAUUAUCUUGUUCGGGCCAUUCUUGAUGGUCUUUCUCCUUUAGGGGAACGGUUUAAGAUACUGAAGGCAAAAGAGGCUGAUCUUCUAGUGCAGAAUAAGGCCCUCUAUGGGGAUAAAGAGCAAAUAUCACAGCAAGAGUACAUAAGAGGAAUCAGUGCCUGGAAUUUCAACCUAGAAGAUUUAAAAAAUCAAGCUGCCCUUAUUCAGGACUAUGAUUGCAUGUCAAAUGCAGAAGAUCCAGAUUUGAGUGGGAAACAAAUGGACAGGUACAACAUUGUUGGGUUUCCUGCUGAGAAGCUGCCCCCCAAAAUUGCUAAUCAUUCAAUUUCUGCUCCUAGUCAGGAGGAUGGCUUCAACGAUCUACAUGAUUUGGAGACUUCACUCCCUUCAUUUCCUAUUAAACCUCUUCAAGCACUUAAAGGUUGUUUUGAUGUUGGUGAGGAGGCUGUGGGUGCAACUAGUCCAAACUGGAAGGUUACUUCCCAAACAGAAUGUGAACAACAGGUUCUUACGGAGUUGUCAUCGAGUGCCAUGGACCAAGAAAGCGAAAGAAAUGAGGGUGAGAAUUCUGGGCGAAGUAGUUCUUUACCACGUCAUGUCAUUUCUGAGCAUAAAAGUUUUUUGGGUGGUCCGUUAUUACCAGAUAAUGCCCUUUCUCCAAAAAAGGUUAUUGGCGAUGAAAACAGGGAUCUCCUGCAGCCAAAAUACCAAUCUGAGAGAAACUAUAGUGGUCCAAUGUUGCAUCGACAGAAGAGGGAUACCAACAACCUUUCAUCUGUGGAGGAUACUUCAGAAGGAGCAGUUGUCCAACGCAAGGGACGAUUUAAGGUCACUUCAGCUGAUCUCAGCCCUAAGGGUCCUACAAACUGCUGUUUCAACCCGGUUGGUGGAGGUUCAGCUUGUGCAACAAUAUCAAACCCCGCAGCUUCCUCAGUUCUCCCAUCAUUGCAAUGCAUUCUGCAGCAGAACACCUUGCAAAGGGAGGAAAUUCUUAAACUGAUCAAGUACGUGGAACAAACCUCUGGCAAGCUGGUGGAAUCUGGUGAGGCAGCCACUAAUGACCUUUUGCAGAUAUCUCCUACUUGGACAAGAGAGAAGGAGCUGCAGGCUCAGUUUAUUGGUCUACAACAAAGUGUUGGAAGCCUCUUUGAGGAAUUGCAGAGACAAAAGAUGAAAAAUGUUCAGUUGGAAAGACAACUCAAUGCUUUUAUCAACAAGGAAAGAGAACGAAGCUGAAUGGUGAUGAUAACAUUUUUGGCGGCUUCAUUAUUUCUUUGGUGGCUAAGUUGGUGACGAUCUGGCAAAACUUGAGGUACAAGUUAUAUUUUGAUUUGCAUUUCUAGUGUACAAUAUGUGUGAACAAGCCUUGAGGAGCAAGGACGCCCAAAUUUUGAGAUGCCAUUCCUUAGUCUCACAUGAUGUGCGACAUGUUGUUAUUUAUUAACUCCAUGCUGUAAUUAUAAUUCAGACUUUGAUUCUCAUGAUCCUGUGAGACUCUAAUUGGUUAUCUUCCGGAAAAAUUUAUUUUUUACAAUUUAAUAAUAUCUUGGUCAAAUUUGUUGUUACUA